AGCUCACCCCAGCAACCCCACCCCCACUCCAGUGUCCCGGUGGUUUUACAGCACAGCCAGCCGGGUGUCUGGGUGGCUGCCUGUGUUAGUCUGUGCCCUGCAUGUGGUUUGAUGUUUUACUCUCUGUGCACACAGUAACAUCACUGCUUCAGUCUGGAGCUACAACACCUGCUCUCAGGAAGUGAGCUGUGUGCAGUGGCACCAACGUCCAGCCUAAAGGCUGCAGGUUUCGGUCGCAGUAACCUACUCAUAGUUUGAUGAGGUUUUCAGGGUGGGCUGCGGGCGGCUGAAGCUAGUUAGACUUCUUUUCUUGUUCAAAGUUACUUUUUUUUUGGGAGCACUUUAAAGGACAUCUUGUCCAUGCCGGCUAAAAGCUUUGACCUUGUGGUGAGACUGUUUUGUCGACUGUUGCUUCCAAGGUCAAGAAUGAACUUUCAAUCUGAACAUUUAAGACAACAUGGACGAGAAGUCCUUAUAGUUCUUCUUAAAGGAAAAAUGGAAAUCUGAAUAUCUACAAUUCCAUGACAGCUGGGCAACUUGAGGAAGAUCUGGACCCUGUGGUGAGACUGUUCGUGUUGAAAACAUAAUUUUGAAUUAUUGUGUAUCUCUUUCAUCAUCUGGUGAUUUUCUUAGGGCCCUAUGAAGGUUCCAAACCCUCAGAUUGAAAACCACUGCUAUAAAGUGCUGCACUUCAGUGUGUUAUUUUUUAAGAUCCCAUAGAAAACCAGUAUUGCUUAAUUCUUCUGUCAUUGUGUAAUGCAUAAUUACUGCAUCAUAUCCAUCAUUUUAGAAUACAUAUAGGUUUUCUUGUUAAAUUAGUUUUGACACAUAACAUGUGUUGUGUCCACAGUCUCAGUGGUGUCUUUCAGCAGACUGUGUACACUAUAUUUUUUAAGGAACAUGGGGAGACCUUAAGCAGCCUUAUCAAAAGCGCCAAAAUACAUUUCCCAUGUUUCAUGACAGCGCGAGCCAACACUUAAUGCGAGGACUUUCCUGCUCUCCAGCAAAACACUUUUUACAUGCCCCUGGGAUGACAAUGGGAAAGCAGAGUUUUUCCUACCAAUCAUGGGAACCUGAGGAUAGGCCUGUAUUUCCUGGAAUGCGGCCCACUAGGAAAGAGAUGGAGGGAACACAGGAUGUCCUGAGCUACACUGUCUCACAGCACACUGCAGUGCAGAGGACAGAGAGCCCGCCUGCUUGGCCAGAGCUGGUGGAAGAGUUGUUCACAGGGAUUUUCUCCACAUCACCACUUCCCUUUACCAUUAUGGAGUGGGAUUCCCUACUCAGGUUUUCCAUUACACCUGUCCUACCGUCGUUUUGUUUUUGUUUUUUUUUUCUUUCUGGCAUCUGUCAAAUAUGACCUGAGCUGUCUAAUACCUCUGGGUAUGUGUGGGAGGGUGAGGGUUGCCCCUUUCCUCAGCCAGAUUUUACACAAUCUAAACAGUAGGACAUAUUUCAAUCAGGAUUUGGUUUCCUGAAUAUAUAGUUUACUAUCAGUUCUUAAAGACUUGGCCCUUGCAUCAAUUUUGACAUCAUGACGUUUCUCCCUAAAGUCACAUGUGUACAAUUACAGUGUGAUCUGAGCAUAUCUCUGUCAGUAUUUGACACCAACAAACCCGCCACCUCCUCCCUCUGGACACUUUCUGGCCGUCUUGAGAGGAGAGUCGAUGAUAUCACAGCGGGGGCGGGGGCAUGUUUGUCUAUAAGUACAGGCCCCGCAGAGGGAAACCUCUCUAUGAAGUAGAGCUGAGCUGAGCUGCCACCAAGAUACUGUAGGAGAGCAAAGGAGAGCAGACUGGUGUACCUCUCGGUGCAUGGACUCUGAACUGUGGAUACGUUUCAUCCUGGAGCUGACAAACAAGACCUCUCUCCUCUUGGGACUCUGGACGGCUGCUUACUCAGAUACUUUUUUAUUUCUUUUCAAGCUUUUGCCUUUUUUUCUCUUCUUGUUCAUUUACUGCAACCAGGAUGCUUUACCCUGUUAGUUUCUGCCAGAUCAUUUCCAGCCUGUUUGUGCUCUGCAGCGCUGCAGUGAUGGCAGAAGGUGAAUGCCCGGCUGAGUGCUCCUGCCCCCCCUCGCCCCCGCUGUGCCCGCCGGGUGACAGCUGGGUAACCGACCACUGUGGCUGCUGUAAAGUGUGUGCCAGGCAGUUCAACGAGGACUGCAGCGCAACCGAGCCCUGUGAUCACAUCAAGGGGCUACGCUGCCAUCUGGGGGCCGGAGGAGACCCUGAGAGAGGACUGUGCCGAGCGGAGGCCCAGGGUCUGCCCUGCGAGUUCAACGGCCGGGUGUAUCAGCACGGCGAGGACUUCAAGCCCAACUGCCAUCACCAAUGCACCUGUAUGGACAGAGUGGUGGGCUGCAUGCCCGUCUGUCCUCAUCAAGUUCCCCUGCCCGACAGGCUCUGCUCACGGCCCCGAUUGGCCCGGUCUGAGGGUGGCUGCUGCGAGGAAUGGGUGUGUGACGAUGACAACCACAUCAGUGAGGAGCCAGACGAGCCGACACACACCUCCCUGCCAGACAGCCAGCCCCUUCCCAACCACAUCAGUGCCCUGCUGCAGGCACAGCCGCAGCCUCGGCACCCAGCUGCCACCGGAGGAGCCACGUUCAGAGAGAUGGUGUCGUUCCCCGUGUCCGAGGUGUUACUGGGGUCCAGCUGUAUCUUACAAGUCACUGAGUGGACCGAGUGCUCCACCACAUGUGGGAUGGGCUUAUCAAGCCGGGUGACCAAUAACAACCCAGACUGUCGGCUGGUCAAAGAGACCAGGUUGUGCCAGAUCCGCCGGUGUGACCUGCAACUUCCUGUAGCUAUCAAGGGUAAAAAGUGUCAGCGAACUGUCCGCCAGAAGGAACCAGUCAGAAUCACCUUCGCCGGAUGCUCCACAGAAAAGCGAUACCACCCUCGCACCUGUGGGACCUGCAGCGAUGACCGCUGCUGCACGCCCUCCCUCUCCCACACUGUGCGGCUCCACUUUCACUGCCCAGACGGUGAGGACUUCUACCGAAAUGUCAUGUGGAUCCAGCGCUGCAGCUGCAAUACAAGGUGCCGUACAUACAGCGGGCCCUCCAGCCCCUCAGUCAGCCUCCACAACGAUGUCCACACCUUCAGGCACUGAGGCUGACUCAUCAUGCCCAGCUCCGGCCUGGCACACUGGGCAAAGACUCUGCACCUCCUCCCCCUCUAAACCCACCGCCUCCCUGUCUGUCAGCUGGGUGGGAACCUCUGAGCUCCUGCCAUCCUCCCCCUUUGACCAGGCAAUAUGCUCGCUUGCACUUUAAGCUUCCUGCCAUGAUGACAUCAUUUUGCCCACACUAGAGGUGUGUUACCUCGCUCGCACCAGAGCAGCACUGAGGACAACACACUGCUGCUGUGUUAGAUUGUUGGCAGAAAGCUUGUACUGAAACUUCUUUUAUUUAUUUGUAACUUUUUAUUCAUGUCCUCCGUUUCCACAGAGGGCAAUGUGAUGGUUUGUCACACAGAAGGUUGUUCAGACCAGUAACAGGGAAGAUUUAUGAGAAGUAAUGAGGAUUAUGGACAUGCAUCUUCUGUCUGAUGCGUUUUCAAUUAAUGAGAAAAAACUAGAUUACUCAAUACAUAUGCAUUAGUGACUAUAGCGACUGUGUGUGGCCUGUCCUUUGUGACACAAUGUUUCUGACACAUGUACUGAUUGUGGAGUUGAUCAACUGUGUGUGUGUAUGUGUGUGUGUGUGUAUGAGUGUGUGUGUGUGUGUGUGUGUGUUUAUUUUUUGUCUGAAGAAUGAGGAACUCUCACAGGAGAGAGUUUACAGAGAAUGUGCUAAUUAUGCUACUACAGUAUAUAGAUUACAGCAUAUAGUGUGUGUAGACUUCACUCUUAGUUGUGGAGUGGUAAUUUUUGGGGAUCACCUCAUUUUUCGGGGUGUGAUUUUUUUUUUUUGUAUAUGUGUGUCCUUCACAUUGUACAUACAUUGCUUUAUUUUGAGGAAUGAUGUGAUGCUACAUACUGUAUUUAAGACAUGUAAUGCUUGUUCAUUGGAUGUUUUCUUUUUGUCUGUAAGCUCCUGUACAUCAAAUAAAAACUUAUCAACCUGUAA